AUGCCGCUUCGCUCCGCAAUCACAGCGCCCUUCGUUUCUGCCUUCCGGCCGUGUGCCUUGCUCAUCCUUCCGCGCGCCUUAUUCCCAGUCAUUCCCGCGCCCAUGGCUGCGCACAUCCCUGCGCCCGUCCCUACAGCCAGAGGCGCGGACCUGUGGGCAACCAGCGCAACCGUUUUUACGCGAAGCCGCACGGACCGCCGAAGCCAAUCCUCGUCGAAAUCAGUUCCUCGCGAAUCGUCGCUACGGCCUCUGGCGAGCCGGCUUUCCUCGUCGCUCACCCACUGCGCCACCUACGCCAUCUCCUCUCCUGCCCAGCAAUUCCCACUCGCCACCGCCACGCCAGCACGGACCAAUCUCCGCGACGCGCAGAAACAGAGCAGGGGAGCCAGGGGGCUGCGUUGCGCAGGUCGUGCGGACGCGCAUGCAUCCGGGGAGGCGGGCGCGGGGGCCGCGCGGGGAGGCGAGAGCAGCGCGUGGCAGGUGGAGCUGGUGCCGUGCCUCACGGACAACUACGCCUACCUCCUCCGCAAUGCCGCCACCGGCGCCGCGCUCGUCGUCGACCCCGCAGAAGCCGCGCCCGUGGAGGCGCGACUGGCGGAAGGGGGGGCGGGCGGCAAGCUGGCGGCUGUGCUCUGCACGCACCACCACUGGGACCAUACGGGCGGCAAUCUGACGCUGAAGGACAAAUACGGCGCCACGGUGGUUGGCCCUGCUGCUGACCGGGAUCGCAUUCCAGGCAUUGACGUGGCGCUGUCAGAUGGUGACACGUGGCAGUUUGAGGGGCUAGAAAUGCACGUGCUGCACACCCCCGGUCACACCAGAGGCCACUGCGCGCUCUACUUCCCCGCCCUGGCAGCGCUAUUCACGGGCGACACGCUCUUCUCCCUCGGCUGCGGCCGCCUCUUUGAAGGCACGCCCUCCCAGAUGUGGGCAUCUCUCUCCCGCCUGGCCUCGCUGCCGCGCAACACCAAGGUGUACUGCGGCCAUGAGUACACACAGGCCAAUGCACGCUUUGCAAUGGCAGUGGAGCCAAACAACGCCGCCCUGCAGCAGCGGGUGCAUGAAAUCACCUGCCUGCGAUCCCAAUCGCUGCCCACUAUCCCCACCACAGUGGGCGGGGAGGCGGCCACCAACCCCUUCCUGCGCGCCGCCAGUGCAGAGAUCCGCCAGUCGCUACACAUGGGCAGUGAUGCCGCUGACGUGGACGUCUUUGCAGCUCUCAGACGCAUGAAGGACAACUUCUAG